AUAGAUGUCUGACUUGUUUAAUGAUAUAUUGUCUUAUGCAAAAGAAGAUUCUUGUGGAGGAUGGUCGAUUAAGAGACUACAUGAUGAAGAGUAUUGGAAAGACAUGGAAAGAUACUAGAUGUUCUCUCUAUCAUAGCUUUUAUAAAGAGUCAACGACUUUUGAGGAAAAUGUUGCAAGACGUCCCAGUGGAAUUGAUCUUGACCAGUGGACAUGGUUUCUUCAAUACCGCAAGGAUAAGAAAACACAGGUAACAUAUUAUUUGAAGAUGUGCAAGCAGAAUGCUGAAAAUCGACGGAAGCAAACUUACACACACACUAAUGGUUCAAAAAGCUUACCUAGGAGAAAAGCUGAAGAGGAGCGUAAACGUGGGAGACCAAUGAGUAGAGGAGAGUUGUGGCCCUUGACUCACAAACGGAAAGACUCGACAUAUAUGAAUGAAGCAGCCAAGCUUAUUGGUGAGCAAAUAGAGAGGAUUGAAAGUCAGGAUGGCGUGUCAAAGAAAAUUUCAGAAUUUGAUUCACUUGCACAAGUGUUAGGAAAGGAGCACGCUGGUCGGGUUCGAGGAGUGGGUUAUGGGCCGACACCUACUCAAGUGUUUGGCCAAACUUGACCUAUCAAUUUAAGGGUGUAUCUUCAACACAAGCUAAUAGAGAUCAUGAAAUGGAGGAGAUGAAGUUGAAGAUGCAGCAGCUUCAAUCCGUGGUGGAAAGUGAGAGAUCUAGAAGGCGUGCUCUUGAGAACUUUCUAACAAGAUAUAUAGUCCAACAAGGAAUGGAAUUGCCGGCCGAGUUGGCUGAUAUGG